CUCUCUCUCUCUCUCUCUCUCUCUCUCUCUCUCUCUCUGGCAUUUUUUCAACAGUUUUCAUUUGUUUAUUUUCUCUUGGCCCAUUCACAUCUCAGUGCUAACUAAGAAAUAUUCACUUGUUUAUUUCCCCUCGCCCAUUCAAGUAUCAAUGCUAACUUUACUAUUCAUUUAUUUAUUUAUCUAUUUUCCCUCGGCCAUUCACGUCUAAAUUCUAAGUAAUCUGCACUAUUUUACCCCUCACUAACGUCCCUGAACAUUACAGCAUGAUUUUUCCCUUUAUUUUAGUGCUAGACAGACAUCAGUACUAAUAUAUGAUCUUCAUCUUUGUUUCGGCCGAGCGUCCUACAAGGGUGGCAGUCAGUCAGUCACGGAGCGGUCACUCACGGUCGCUCACAUUGUCUCCGUGGUGGUGAUGUAGAUUAGAGCCGAACCCGAAGUCUCCGUAUCAAGAUGGCGGCCGCCGUGGUGAACAACGUCGGGGAAAAAAGCGAAGAUAAACAUAGCCAUGGAGAGGAAGAUGAACCGGAGAGACUGGACCAGCUAGGGGACGGGACGGCGCCUGAGGAAGCCAAGAAGAAGAAAAAGAAGAAGAAGAAGAAGAAGGCAGCCGGUGGAGUGAGUUCAGUCAAUGUUCCUGAUGGUGAUGCAGAUGAAGGGGCCACUCACCAGAAUGGCAUCACUGCAGCCCUGGACGAUACUCACCUGGACGGCCAAGAGGAGGACGAGGAGGUUGAGGGUGAAGGCGGUGCCAGCAAGAAGAAGAAGAGAAACAAGAAGAAGAAGAAGGGAGGAGCAGGAGGAGGAGGAGGAGGAGGAGGAAAGGGGGAACUCAAGCAGACUGACCCCCCCACCAUCCCGAUUGUGGAUCUAUUUCCUGAUGGCAACCUUCCCGAGGGUGAGAUCUGCGAGUACAAGCUGAACCAGGACGGCCGGACAGCUCUCAACCGCAUGACGUCGGCAGAGAAGAGGGCCCUGGAGACUUCCUACGAGGACAUGUACAGGGAGAUCAGAAUUGGGGCCGAAGUUCACCGCACGACUCGCCAGUACUUCCAGCGCAACGUGAAGCCUGGAAUGAGUAUGCUGGAAAUUUGCAACAUGAUCGAAGACACAAACCGGAAAUUGAUCAAAGAAAACGGUUUGGAGGCUGGUCUGGCGUUCCCUACUGGCUGUUCGCUAAACCACUGUGCUGCCCACUACACGCCGAACGCCGGAGACACAACCGUCUUGUCCUACGAUGACGUGUGCAAGAUAGACUAUGGUGUGCAUGUUAAUGGUCGCGUCAUUGACUGUGCCUUCACCCUGACCUUUGACCCCAAGUACGACAAGCUGGUGGAGGCUGUGAGGGCGGCCACAAACACAGGAAUAAAGGAGUCUGGAAUUGAUGCCAGGCUGUGCGACAUUGGUGAGGCUAUUCAAGAGACCAUGGAGAGUUAUGAGGUCACCCUGGGGGGCAAGACUUACCAGGUCAAGUGCAUUAGGAACCUUAACGGACACUCUAUCGCCCCUUACCGUAUCCACGCUGGCAAGACUGUCCCCAUCGUGAAGGGUGGCGAGGCAGAGGUCAUGGAAGAGAAUGAAGUUUAUGCCAUUGAAACGUUUGGGUCAACGGGUCGAGGUCACGUCCACGAUGACAUGGAGACCUCCCACUACAUGAAGAAUUACGAUGUGGGCCACGUGCCGCUAAGGCUGACCAAAUCGAAACAUCUUCUUAAUGUCAUCAACAACAACUUUGGCACUCUCGCUUUCUGUCGACGCUGGCUGGACCGUCUGGGGGAGAGCAAGUACCUGAUGGCUCUAAAGGACUUGUGUGAGAAGGGCAUAGUUGACCCCUAUCCCCUGUGUGACAUCCGUGGCUGCUACACCGCCCAGUUUGAACACACCAUUGUCCUCCGCCCGACUUGCAAGGAGGUGGUGACUCGCGGUGAUGACUACUAGGUUGCUGGAACUAGCCAAGGUGGUGGUGGUGGUGGUGGUGGUGGUGACGAGUAUUGACUGGUUUUGUUUGAGUUCCCCCUUUUUAUUUUUGUUUUGAGGUCGUUUUCUUUGGUGUUCUUACGUUUUCUUCGAUUUUUUUUCCUGGUUUAUUUGAGUUUUUGUUUUAUUUUUUUGGUUUCUUUGUUUUUUUUUCGCUUUUUUGAGUUUUUGAUUUUUAUUUAUUUUUUUUAACUCGUUUUCUUUGGUGUUUUUUACGUUUUUUUUUUUUUUUAUAUAUUGAAUUUCUUUACCUUUUUCAAACCAUUUAUCUUUUCUUUACACUUAAAUGAAUACAAUUAUAUUUCUCCUUUCCAUUAUUAUUAUUAUUAUUAUUAUUAUUAUUAUUAUUAUUAUUAUUAUUAUUAUUAUUAUUACUACUACUAUUAUUAUUAUUACUAUGACUUAGCCCAAAAAGUAGCCCAAAAAUGCACUUCUAGCCCAAAUAUUUCGCCUAAUGCAUCGCUAUAGAGAAGAUUCAAGCCACACCUUGCUCAAAUUCUUAACUUUCGUACCUUGUUUAUAUAGAUAUCGUACUUUCUCUCUCUCUCUCUCUCUCUCUCUCUCUCUCUCUCUCUCUCUCUCUCUCUCUCUCUCUCUCUCUCUCUCUCUCUCUCUCUCUCUCUCUCUCUCUCUUUGUGACAAUAAUCUCCUAACUAUAUUUCAAGUUUAAUAAUAGCUAGGGUACUAAUAUUCAAGCUAUUAACUCGUUUAUUAAUAGCUUAGUACUUAUUUUCCAGCUACUAAAAUUUCAUCUUUUUUUUUUUUUUAAGCUAGUAAUCUUCAUAUGAUAUUUAUUCAAUAGCUAGGUACUUAUAUUCCAGCUUUUAAUCUUUAUCAUGUCCAUUUAAUUGCUAGGUACAUAUUUUCCAGUUACUCGAUGUUUAUUCUCGAUUAAAACUAACUGUGGAUUUAUUUUUUAAACUGGACUUCUUUUUUUAUGUUUAUUUGCUUCCUGGGUACUUAUUUUCCAGAUAUUUACUCAUUAUAUUUAGUCAACGUAUGAGAAAUUUUUAAACGAAAUUCGUAUUUUUUUGUGGGUGAAUAGCUGGGUAUUUAUUUUCCAGCUAUUUACUCUUUAUCUCUAGUAAUAGCUAAGAUUUUUUUUUUUUCAAUAGCUGAGUAUUUAUUUUUCAGCUAUUUACUUUGUCAUCUUUAUUAAUAGUUGAGAUUAUUAUUUUUUUUUUCUCAAACUAGAAUUCGUAUUUUGAUUUUAUUUAACAGCUGGGUAUUUAUUUUCCAGCCAUUUACUCUUUCUGUCAUCUGUACUAAUAGCUGAGAUUCAUUUUAUUAUUAUUUAUUUAUUUUAUUUAUUUACUUUUUUUUUUUCAUAUCUCCAACUCACUUAGACGUUUGUGUAAGAACCAGUGACAUAUUUUCCACCUAUGAACCUUAUCGCACCUAUUAUAAUCAAGUUUUGCUGGGGACUUAUUUUCCAACCCUGUACAUGGCGUUUACUUGAUGGCUGGGCUGUGUUUAGUAGUGAAUUUUCUAUGAUGAUUCUUGACCAGCUGUGUUUUGCAAGCCAGGAGGAGGAGGAGGAGGAGGAGGAGGAGAGGAAGGAGGAGGAGGAAGAGGAAGAAGAAGAAGGAGGAGGAGGAGGAGGAGAAGGCUUGGCUGUUUACUGAAUUACUGAGACAACUAUUAAUAAACUAUGCUAGCUAGAUUAGAAUUUCGGUCUCUUGCUAGCUUAACUAUUUUAAUUAUUUAUUUUAUUUUAUUUUCAUGUACGAGGAAAAAAAAAAGGUAAAUUAAUUGCUAGUAACUAAUUGGAGGAGAGAAACGAAGGAAUUUGAGGGAAAAAUGUGUGUGUGUGUGUGUGUGUGUGUGUUUCUUGGCACACACACACACACACACACACACACAAUGGUAUACAAUUUAGCCUAUUGUUUUUUUUUUUUUUUUUUUUUUUUUUUUGUUAUUUAUUUGUUUGUUUAUUUUAAUGUGGGCGUUUUUUUUUUUGAGUGAUUCUGAAAUUGAGUAUUAUUAUUAUUGUUAUUAUUAUUAUUUUUUGUUUAUUUAUUUAUUUUUUUAAGAUUUACAAUUUUUUUUAGUGUUUUGAAGUUCCGAGAGAUUUUUUUUUAUUUAUUUGUUUAUUUAUUUAUUUAUUUAUUUGUUAUUAAAAAGUGUCAAUUUACGAAAGGCUUCAAAAAAACACACCAACAUUUACGAAAUCAUUACAAAAAAUGCCUCUUUUACUUAAAAUAUAUAAAAACCAUAUAUAUAUUUCCUCAAUUACAAACAAACACAACUACAAAAUGUGUCAGAAUACAUAACGCCAUAGAAAAAAAUAAAUAGAAAGUAGAAAUAGAUUGAAAAAAAAUAAAUAAAUAAAACAAACAAACAUUUCACAUCUCUUGACUUACAAAAAGAUGUGUUGUUUGUCAAAGUAUUGCUUUUUGUGUUGUAUUAAUUGUAUUGUUAUUAUUAUUAUUACUACUGCGCCGAGUUUGGUCUCAAGGCAGCAACUGAUCUGCUGCCCCUAACUGCUGAAUUUUUUGAAUAAAGCAUCCAUGAGAAA